AACCAACAUCCUCCUCCGCCAACUACACAACUUGCACUACACCCGCUACCACAAUAACCCCCAGCACCAGCACUUUGUAAUAUUCCACUGUACAUUGUUAGCUAUUUUCUCUUUCACUCUCCUGACUUGCUCUCAUCUCCUCCUCCGCCUCUCCCUCCACCAUCAAUCUAACGUUCUCUUCCUCCUCCGCCUCGGUCAUUGCGCCCUUUUUCUCGCCCCUCCUGGUCCAACUCCCCUCCCUCCGCCCACCCUGGCGCCCCGCAACCCCUUGGCCUGAACGUCAGGCCUUCCUUUUCAACAAUGGGCAAUAUAGGAAGCAGACUCGAGGAUGGCUCCGUUUUAUACCUCAAGGAUCAAUCGCGCUUCUCCAUCCAAUCCAUCACGGUGACCAACGCCCGUAGAAAGGUCCUUUUGACCGCCACUCCUAACUCCUAUCCUGCCUCGCGCAUUCUCGCCAAACCGGACUCUCAAGACUACAGGCCGGUUUCGUAUAUUCAGGAUCCAGAGUCCGCCUCCCUUUCCUUCAUCCCCAGGCUGGACCUCGAGGAUGAACUUGACCUUCGUUUUACCUUUGCCACUCGCCAGACUCCCGGCCUUCCGCCCUCCACUCCCUCUACUGCUACCCCUGCCGCCGAUACCAACAUCUCCGGUCUGACUUUUGCCUAUGCGCACAACACCAAAGAAUUGGAUACCUUAAUCACACGUGAAUUCCACGCCGACCCUAAUCUCCAUAAAAAUUCAAAUGUACAAUUUAUCGGCGACUUCCAGACUAAUGGCAAUCCCGCCAUCACUUACGAGUGGAGCUGGAGAUGGAAACCCCCAAAAGCAAUGGAAGACAAGGGUGGAGGUUGGCGGAAUACUUGCAGCUUUCUCGAGUACGAUUCUAGGGCUCACAGAUUGAAUACUCUGGCAUCUUUCUCAUUUUGGGUUCACAACAACAUUCCUCUUGUCACCACCCCACUCGCAUCUCCCGGCUUCGAACUUUUGGUCCCAAAUCAAAGAGGCCGGAUGCCCUCCUCGCAGUCCUAUCAAUCCACCGUCAGUGAUUCUGAGGGCCCGCAGACCGAUUUGGCCGCUCCCGCCUCUCCCCAUAUCUCCACUAGCGACUACAAUUCCACCGCUCCCACAGUUGUUGACCCUGCUCAGAUCCUGCCGGUCAUUGACGUUCACUGCAACCGUCCCGGCGAAGAUGUUAGCGCUGUCGAAGACGGUCCUGUCUUCAGAGCCACGAUGAAAGCCCUCGAGCAGAAAACCGGGGCCAUGCGAGUUCAGAUUAAAAAGGUCCUCAAAAAGGCCGAGGCCGCCCAGCAAGCCCAGGUCGAAUACAACUCUGCCAUGUCCGCCUUUCACCUCGCUCUCCAAGAGGCUUCCAGCUCAAACGCCUCUGCAUUCCAACCUGCAAUCGAUCAUUACUUUACCAACAUCGCUCAAAGGAUACUCAAGUACGAAAAAGAAACUGGCGUCUUGUUGCAAAAGCAGAUUAUCGACCCCAUUUCCAAGCUCUACAAUCUAGACAUUAAACAAGCCGAGGCCAAGAAGAAAGACUUCGAGGACGAAAGUAGAGACUACUAUGCUUAUGUUAGCAGGUAUCUUGGCCAACGUCAGGACUCCCUAAAGGAUAAAAAGCGCGCAGAAAGCGACUCAAAAUACCAGAACAAAAAGAAGAAUUUUGAGCUCAAGCGAUUUGAUUACUCGACCUUCAUGCAGGACCUUCACGGUGGCCGCAAGGAGCAAGAACUGUUGUCCCAGCUAACAAAAUAUGCCGAAAGUCAUACCAAAUCAUUCCUGUCCGCUUCGAAGAGGGUGGAUACCUACACUCCACGUUUGGACGCACUGGUCAAGGAAGUUGGUAACGCCGAUAAAGAGUAUAACCUUCAACGAACAGAGAGGGAAGAGAAACGCAGAAAUCUCGAGAAAAAUGGUCCCGUGGCGCUUGAGACUGACGCCGGACCACAAUCCGCCGGAGCCCAACCAAAUCAGGCACCCCCGGUGCAAAACGGCUCCGCGGGAUACACAUCGGACACAGACCUAAGCAGAGCUGACAGUACAAGCUCUCAGUUCGCACAAGGGCCAUCCAAGACCUUGUCUCCGACAACAAACUCCCUACAAGGCGGCCUCCUUAACAACACCUUCCCAAGCUCACCUGGCAACCCAACUUCGGCUAUCACUCCUAGCAAGUUCAAAGGCAUUCGCGACCUAGAUGAAAAUUCCGUGGCCACCAGCGACAAGUCUUCAACUGGACAGAUGCGCAAAGAGGGCCUGUUGUGGGCCCUCAGCAAACCAGGCUCACAUAUCGACCCCAAGGGUAUCAAUAAACAGGCUUGGCAUAAAUUUUGGAUCGUCCUCGAUCAGGGCAAGCUCUCUGAAUAUAGCAACUGGAAAGACAAAUUAGACCUGCAUCGAGAGCCCACUGAUUUGCGCGUGGCCUCUGUACGCAUGGCCCGCGAUGCUGAGCGAAGGUUCUGUUUCGAAGUCAUUACUCCACAAUAUAAACGGGUCUAUCAAGCGACGACCGAGGAUGAGAUGAACAAUUGGAUUACCUCCAUCAACAAUGCUUUGCAGAGUGCGAUGGAGCUUGGUGCACAGUCCUCCCAGCAGCCACGCAAAGAGACACAUGGGCGCGAGUAUGGGCACGUCCUGACCGGCAAAAGCGCGUCACAGUCCGGCCCGCAUGGUUAUGCACAAAAGGUUGACUCUGUAGGGGUGUCGCGAAGGAUCACGGUCGGCGCAAGACCGACUUAUACUCGUACCAGUAGCAAUAGCUACGAAGAAAACCCGUCCAAACUUCUCGAUCAGAUCCGAAAUGUCGAUCAAGGGAACCAGUUUUGCGCCGACUGUUGUUCAACCUCCAAGGUUGAGUGGGUGUCGUUGAAUCUGGGCAUCAUCUUGUGCAUUGAAUGUGGUGGCAUCCACCGCUCGCUUGGCACACACGUAUCCAAGAUCCGAUCGUUGACACUGGACGUCCACUCAUUUACCAAUGACAUCGUUGAGCUACUAAUGGCCAUUGGCAAUCGCAUCAGCAACAUGAUCUGGGAGGCCCUCCUUGACCGAUCGCUGAAGCCAGGUCCCAUGGCCACAAGGGAUCAACGGCUGAGAUUUAUAACUGCUAAAUACGUCGAACGUGCUUAUGUGGAACCGGUCGGUCAGUAUGGCACAGCAGAGGAUGCCAUGUUGACCUCAAUCAAGCGCCACGACAUUCAAGGAGUGCUUCAGAACAUCGCCAGAAAGGCCAAUGUCAAUGCCCACGAUCGAUCCCGGAACACCCACGCUGUAUUCCUUGCUCUAGCCGCUGCAGACCCCGCUCGUCCAGCCUCGUCUCACUCCAACACAGGACAGCCAUCAUCGGGGUCGACGGUCAAAGCUUUUCCUCUUGCCGAGCUACUGAUGCAAAACGGCGCCGAAAUCCCGGUGGAACCCCCUCCGAUUCCUCUCUCUCCAGCAGCACAACUGUACAUUGACCAGCGGACAUCAAGAGCCGUGUCGAGCGUUUCAACUGGAGGGAUGUUGGGAGACCGGCUUGGGCCACUGCCCAUGCUCACGAAAGCCCCGCCACUAGCCUCGUUGUCGUCAGACGGGGCUACCAAGUUGCAAAAGCGCAGUAGUACUGGGUCAAGGUUCUCUGCCAAGGUUAGUGGGUUAGGAGAACGAUAGCAUCGGUACCGACGGACGAUGGAUUUUGAAGUUUUGUGCGAUUCAAGUGAUUUUGAUGAAUUGGAUGACGACUGAUGUAUUACGACGAGUGAAGGUGUAAUGUUAGAGACGACAGAAGGCACAUGGCCACGACCAAGAGCAGCUGUGGCUUGAGUGACCAGCACGUGGUGAAGAGAUGUCAAUGAUUGCGACGGAAGCUGUCGUGUGGGACAGGCUUGGGCCAUUGUUUGAUGAGCGCCGAUGGUGCAGGAGGAUUUAUGACCAUGGAUAUGGGACGCUAUCUUUGAUGCUGCAUUACUGGGUUCUUGUUCUCUGACCACAUGACCUGUCUACAAACCUUGAUGGGCAAUUGGAUUAAUCAAUAAUGAGCAUGGAAUUGCAUUGACCUCGACUUUGAACCC